GACCGGAAGUGGCCAGGCCUAGCCGUUUCCUCAGGCCGCUCUAGCCAAAGGGACCAUUAAGGCCAGACUAGGGCUUCUGUAUUUCCUCCUUUCUGUGGUUCCGCCUGCAGCUUCCGGUUCCGGGGAGGGACCGAGUGUUCUUCGAAGAUUAGAGGCUUCCCGCUAGAGCCGGAAUGGCUGUGGUAUCGGUACUAUUGUUGGCAGGUUUGUGGAGUGCUGUCGGAGCGUCCAGUCUGGCUGUAGUUACAUGCGGCUCUGUGGUAAAGCUACUGAAUACCCGCCACAACGUGCGACUGCACUCACACGACGUGCGCUAUGGGUCAGGUAGUGGGCAGCAGUCAGUGACAGGUGUAACCUCUGUGGAUGACAGCAAUAGUUACUGGAGGAUACGGGGGAAGACUGCCACAGUGUGUGAGAGGGGAACCCCCAUCAGAUGUGGUCAGCCCAUCCGGCUGACACAUGUCAAUACUGGCCGUAACCUCCAUAGUCACCACUUCACUUCACCUCUUUCUGGAAACCAGGAAGUGAGUGCUUUUGGUGAGGAAGGUGAAGGCGAUUACCUGGAUGACUGGACAGUGCUCUGUAAUGGGCCUUAUUGGGUAAGGGAUGGUGAGGUACGAUUCAAGCAUUCUUCCACCGAGGUUCUGCUGUCUGUCACAGGAGAACAAUAUGGUCGACCCAUUAGUGGGCAAAAAGAGGUGCAUGGCAUGGCCCAGCCGAGCCAGAACAACUACUGGAAAGCUAUGGAAGGCAUCUUCAUGAAGCCCAGUGAAUUAUUGAAGGCAGAAGCCCACCACGUAGAGCUGUGAGUCUGAGUGCUGUAAGCCACUGUUAGCACACAGUGUUCAUAGACAUCUGCUGCUGCUUCACCCUGGGAUCCCUGCCCCAGGUUUCCUGGGCAGUGGCCAUAUCAUCACUGAGAUGCAAGACAGAAAACAGCGGCUGUGUUUGGAAGCUUCAGGCCUUGACACUUGAAUUGGUUGUUCUCCCAUACUUGGGUCAGUUCAUUCUGAGUACAGGACUUGCUGCUGUAAGAGAAGAUGCUUUUUAUUUAUACUGAUACAAGAGAAAGUGAGGGAGAUAUCCCUCCUACCAGGGAAAUUUUUACUACUCAGAAGCUUGGCAUCAUGGAUUAUAAAUGUAAAUGUGUGUGACUUUCCCCCUACUUUCUUUCUCCAAAGUGAUAAAAAAAAAGUUCAUUGUUA